AUGGGAAUAUUUGGCACCUCAGAAAAAGAAGAAGCUGAGCUCAGAGAGGCAGCUUUGUCUUCUCAGCAACACCAACAAGAAGGCUUCUUAGAGCAAUCAGGAAGGAGGCCCAGCAGCACAUCGAACAAUUUGUCACAAUACGAAACUGCAUCCGAGUACUCAGCUUUUGCUGACGACAACCAUAACUUUUCAGAGCCCAAUGAAGAUUACCAAGAGAUGCCAAUAGAUCCAGUACCAAAAGAUCAUGUGACAGGACCUGAAGGAACGUCUCAACCUGUUUACCAAUUCGAAAUGCCAUACGGGCAGAAUGAUAGCGAUUCAAAAACUCUUGAAGCUAACAACAACUUACAGGAAGCUAACACAUCACAAAAAGAACCCUACACAUCAAGCGAGACAGCAUCCGAAGAUGGAGUUCAUCCUAUUCCUUUUCAAGCGAAGGAUCCACUAGAGGAUGAUGAAAAUGCUUUAAACAGACAGUAUACUUUGGAGAGGAUAAGGUCUCAUAAAUCAAUUGAGGAAGUGGCUUCGGAGCAAUUUUUACAAACUGGUGAUCGUGUUUAUGCCGUUAAUGAACUUGAUUGGGAUGGUCCUGAUGACAAAGAAAAUCCACACAAUUGGUCAAAACUUAAGAAAUGGUGGAUUACCUGUACAGCAGCAACAAUGUGUCUUGUUUGCUCGUUGGGAUCGUCCAUGUACACCGCUGGUAUACCUGAAAUUAUGCAAGAAUUUGGAGUGUCACAAGAAUUGUGUCUCUCUGGUUUGACAUUCUAUUUGAUUGGUUUGGCUGUUGGGCCAGCACUUGCUGCUCCGUUAUCUGAAACCUAUGGAAGAAAACCUCUUUAUGUAAUUAGUUGGCCUAUCGGGAUGCUCUUUACCAUGGGGGUUGGUUUAUCGCCCAAUAUCAGAACCUUGUUGGUUCUUCGAUUCUUUUGUGGAUUCUUUUCCAGUCCAGCAUUAUCAGUCGCAGGUGGUACUAUCAGUGAUCUUUGGUCCAAUGAACCAUCAGAACAAUCAUUUGCUGUUGCUAUAUUUUGCUUGGGUCCAUUUUUGGGACCUGUUUUGGGUCCAAUCAUUGGUGGAUUUUCCGGUGAGUACAAAGAUUGGAAAUGGCCUGCUGCUUGGGUUUUGUUAAUGUUUUUUGGUGCCAUUUGGCCCUCUGCCAUCUUGUGCCCAGAAACUUUCAAAAGGGCGAUUUUAGUUCGCAGAGCCAAGAAGAGAGGAAUCAAGGUUGAAGCCCCACCUGUUAACUGGGCUUACAUCAAAAAAAUGAUGAAAGUCAGUUUGGGUACCCCAUUGGUGUUGUUGGUUAUGGAACCAAUCGUUUUUUUCUUGUCUUUGUACAUCGCCUUUGUCUUUGCUGUUUUGUUCGCAUUUUUUGAAGCUUUCCCCGUUAUCUUCAGAGGGAAGUAUCACAUGGAUUUGGGUAUAUCUGGUUUAACAUUUAUUUCCGUCGGAAUUGGUCUUGUUGCGGGCGUUGUGUUUUACGUCGUGUUGGACAAGACUAUUUACUUUCCCAAAAAUCCUGAUGGCACAAGGGGUAAGAGAGACGAGAACGGUAACAUAAUCUGGGAUGCACCUGAAUCAAGGUUGUUGGUGGCAAAGAUUGGAGCUUUUUGUCUUCCGGGUUCUCUCUUCUGGUUAGGUUGGACAGGUAGAACUGGAAAUAUACACUGGCUCGCUCCAGUAGCAAGUGGUGUUCCUUUUGGAUUUGGGUUGAUUUUGGUUUUCUUUGCUGUUGUUUUGUAUUUUUCCAUGUCAUUCCCACCAAUGAUUGUUGCAUCGUGUAUUGCAGCCAAUAACUUGUUGCGUUACGUCUUGGCUUCGGUUUUCCCACUUUUCACUGUCCAGUGUUUUGAGAAUUUGGGAAUCGGUUGGGCGGGAUCAUUGUUUGGAUUUAUUGCUGCGAUCAUGGUGCCUGUACCAUUCAUAUUCUCCUAUUUUGGUCCAAAGUUCAGAGCCAGAAGUAAGUUUGGAUAUGCUGCAUUUUUCAAGAAAAUGGCUGAAGAGAAAGCUGCUAGAGAAAAAGCUCAAGGUGGUAACAAAGAACAACCACCUAAUCCUGAAAAGGAUGUGGCCACUAAAGUAUAG